UUCGCUUGAUGCUCCGCCGCCUCCUCUCCUUCUUCCAGCUCUCGGUGGAGCAUCGUUGAGAGGACAGCGAUAAUGCAGACGUAUAGAGAGCGGAUGUAAGAAGUUCUAGAAAGAGAGAGACCAGAGAGAGAGAAAGUGGGAGGGGAUACAGAGAGGUUGGGCCCGCGGGGUUAGCUUUUACCUGCAGAGCUAACGUGAGGGUGGGGCUAUUGAGGCGGAGAUAGAAUUGGGGAGGGAUAUGGUAGAUAAGAGGACGAAGAAUAAAGAUGAAGAGAGAAAUAAGACAGCGAGUGAGUGACAAGGAGGUGGAAGAGUGAAAGGGGGGGAACAGGAAGAUAUUGUGAGAAAGAGAUAGAAAGAGAGAGUUUUUUAGAAAGAGAAAUGGUGGGCUCGGGAACAGGAGGUGAUAGUAGGAGCAAAGAAGCAGUUGGGAUGAUGGCUCUUCACGAGGCUCUGCGCAACGUUUGCCUCAACUCCGACUGGACUUACUCCGUCUUCUGGACCAUUCGCCCUCGCCCUAGGUGCAGAGGAGGCAACGGCUGCAAGGUCGGAGAUGAUAAUGGAAGCUUGAUGUUGAUGUGGGAAGAUGGGUUCUGCCGCACAAGGAUGACCGACUGCCUCGACGAGAUCGACGGCGAAGAUCCAGUUCGGAAAGCAUUCAGCAAGAUGUCCAUCCAACUGUAUAAUUAUGGAGAAGGGCUGAUGGGCAAAGUCGCUUCUGAUAAGUGUCACAAAUGGGUCUUCAAAGAACCUUCUGAAUGCGAAACCAACAUCUCCAACUACUGGCAGAGCUCCUUCGAUGCGCUUCCUCCCGAAUGGACUGAUCAGUUCUCAUCCGGUAUCCAGACCAUAGCUGUCAUCCAAGCAGGCCAUGGGCUUCUCCAGCUUGGCUCUUGCAAGAUUAUACCAGAAGACCUCCAUUUUGUGCUGAGAAUGCGACAUAUGUUUGAAUCUCUCGGGUACCAGUCAGGCUUCUUCCUUUCGCAGCUCUUCUCCUCCACCAGAAGCACCAAUCUCUCACCAUCACCACCUCCACUGAAACAAGCUCCCUCCCGCCCACCUCAACCCCUCUUCAACUGGACCCACCCUCCCUUCCCAACCACCUCGCCGGUAUCUCAGAACUUCCACCCUUCCUCCAGAAUCCCUCCAGCUAUCACCAAGGAUGACACCCACCUCUUCCUUCUCCCUCAUUCAGACGAAGACAUGAUGGACGACCACGAAGCCGAUCUAAAAUGGCCUAACGGCCUCUCCUUCUUCAAUGCCCUCACCGGCCGCACCGACGACGCCAAGCUCCUCUUCGGCUCCGAUGGGCUAGGAAGCAAGCCGCCAGUCCAUCACCAUCAACAACAACAGCAGCUUUUAAUGCCAGGAAAGAAUUUGAUCUCAGAGGAAGCUAAGGCAGAGGUGAGUGGAAGCGGCUGCGGCGGCGGAGUAGCAGAGGAAUAUUUGAGCUUGGAUCAGAGCCAUUCAGGUAAGGGUAGGAAAGCGGAGGGGAAUAAGUUUAAGAGGAGCUUUACGUUGCCGGUGAGGAUGAGUUCGUCUUCAUCUUCGGGUACUCAGGGGACGGAGUAUAGGAGCUCUGAAGCUGGAAUAUACUCUGAUAUCAUGGAGACUUUCUUGGAGUAACUCUGUGUUCUGAAACUUUUUUUUUUUGUUGGUGGUUUCCGGUUUGUUUUAAGGUUUAGUUGAUGUUUAAUAGAUGAUUAGUGUGAGCUUUGUUUGCUAAUUAAGUGUUUGGGUUUCUAAUAGGUUGUUGGUGAGGCUUCUAAUCCUGAUUACUGAUUGUUAAUGGUUGGUGUUAGAAAGUUUUGCAAGUUUAACAGAAUUUUUAUUUCAGCA